AUGGACAUCUACACACCUGUGAAGGAUGCAAACGCUGCCCUGCUCAGUAACUACGAGGUGUUCCAGUUACUAACGGACCUCAAAGAGCAGCGGAAGGAGAGCGGGAAGAACAAGCAUAGCGCUGGGCAGCAGAACUUGAACGCCAUCACCUAUGAGACAUUAAAAUACAUAUCGAAAACACCAUGUAGGAACCAGAGUCCGGCGAUUGUCCAAGAAUUCCUCACAGCAAUGAAGAGCCACAAGCUGACCAAAGCCGAGAAGCUUCAGCUGCUGAAUCACAGGCCAAUGACCGCUGUUGAGAUCCAGCUGAUGGUGGAAGAGAGCGAAGAGCGGCUCACGGAGGAGCAGAUUGAAGCUCUCCUGCACACUGUCACCAGCAUCCUGCCCGCAGGUCCAGAGGAUGAGCAGAGCAAAAGCACUAGCAAUGACGCGGCAAUGGAAGAGGAGGAGCCUGCAUAGACGUCUGUGGCCAUGUGACACAGCUGGCCAGGUUGUUCGUGAUGCUCAAAGCCACGACAGCCAUUUCCUGGAUGUUCAGAGAACUGUUUAUUUGGCCUGACCCCUCUCUCAAUAUUCCUGAUCUCAGGAUUGGUUGAGAAAAAAAAUCACAAAAAUAAGAUGAAAAGAAAUCUUUGUGCCUUGGGUUCAAGAAACAUGGGGUCAGAGAAGGGCAGAGGGUUAGAGAUGGGGGAGCAUGGCUAUGCAGCCCUCUGGGUAGAAAGGCUUGUGUGGCCUCUGUCGCACUUGUACGCAGUGGGGAGCUAUUCAGGCGCUUUGAUGACUGUUGUAGGCAAUGUCAGGCACCGCCAUAGAAUGGAGCUGGGGAACGACCUCAGACGGUCUCGAGCUCCCAGAGCUGCACACAGCUGCUCCAGGGGAAAUGACCCAGGGCUUAGCUCACUGUAGAGGAAUGUCCUCGGCAGAGCAGGAGGCAAGGAAAGGAGAUAAGAGGAAACUGCAGCCUGAGCCCAGCCUGGUGUACAUAAAAGGAACACACAUGUGAACACACCUAACACACAUGCAUGCCACACACAUACAAAUAAAUUGGUCCCUUUUCUGUGGCAAACCCAUAACUCUCUGGCCUGGGUGAGAGACAAGGAAAAGGCUUAUUUUGACUCUCGGUUCUGGUCCAAGAUCAAAGGGCAUCUGGGUAUAGCCCUCUUGUUGCCAGAGUGCUCAGGUAGCAUUGGCUAACACAUUACAAAACACGAGAAGCGUUUGUUUGUUUUCAGAGUCUCUUGUAGCCCACAUUGACCAAAGUUCAUUCUGUCUGAAAUCGUCAGACACUUUCUGAUUCUUUGACCUCAGUCUCCUUAACGCUGGGAUUCAAAUAUAUGCCACUCACUUAGGAGGCAGAGGCCAGCCUGGUCACACAGCAAGUUCCAUGCCAGCCAACGUCACACAGUGAGACCUUGUGUCAUAAAAACAAAAAUAAAUAAAACAAAAAACCAAAA